UAUACAAAUGUCUAGUGAGAUUGUUGUUAUGGUUCAUUGGAAUGGCUCUACGUUACAUUUCAAAAUAGAUAAUGAAAUAGAGUACUCCAUACCUCCUAGGGCGGUACUAUUCAUUAGUGAAGAAGAUGAUUUUACCAGUAUACACGAGACUGUUCUAAACCGUGUUACAGGUGAGUGAUUUUCCGAAAUUAGAUUAAUUUACGGAAAAUUGCCAAAAUAUUAGAACUCGGUAUAUGUUGCGUCUAGACUAUGGCCCAUUCACGAUGAGAAGAUUUGGACUAAUUUUUUCCGAAUCGCUAGAAAUGAGUACGAUGAGUUGCACAUUUACGUGGAAGCUAUAGCGACUUAGCCACAAAAUUUGACGUUCCUCGAAGCUCCUUCAAAUAAUACUAUUAUGCUUCAAAAUAGCAGAGUGGGACCAUCAUCAUUAUAUGGCCGGAGAAACAACCCCCAAACGUUUGAGAAUUCUGAAUCACCCGAUGACUUGAAUUUAGCUCAUCGAUGGAGUUGGGGAUCAGCGGUGUUUGGGUUCCUCUACCACAACUUAGACCGUGGCACGAAGUGGGACACCAAACAAAUUGGUGGUUGUAUGCAUUUCUUACAGAUUUGGGCUUGUGCAAGGAUUUCGAUGAUCGGUCCAAAAUUACGCCAGGUGGAUCAUCCCCAAGUCAUACAAGAAUGCCCCAAGACACUACGUACGCUUGUACCGGGACCUCUUUGAUCGCAUGAGUGAGAGUCAGUACUAUAUAAUGCAAGAUAUUCCACAAGACGCUAAGCAAGGUAAUGAUCAUCACACUAGUCGUUCCGCCGUAUCAACAUCUGUCUUGACAAUGUGGGCGAACCGACGUAAUAGUGUAGACAUGCUGGAUUACGAACAACAAAGAAUACUCACAGCAACUGAUAGGUACCGAAAAUGGUACUCGCAACAUGGGAUGAUACGUGUCGAGAACCCUUCUCACGUUGCGCCGGCGACAGGAUACACCCCGACAGCACGUGAUUGGGGUCUUAUGAAGCAGGGCUUUCACGAUGUGUAUGAGCUCGCCAACCAGGCGGCGAGUUAUGAAAACAUUAAAGAACGGCUUGAGCGGUUGGCCAUGGAUGGCGAGUUAGGAAAACAUCUAGGUGAUGAAAUGAUGCUCCACCAUAAUGUUUUCCUUUACCCGAAUGCACAAGAUGAGCCCGCUCCCGUCCCUCGUCGUACGCCUGAUCGAAGAAGAGAUGCUCCCACCCGUGAUCGUACACAUGGUCACGUUGAUGAAGAUAGAGAUGAAUAUGCAGGUGACGGUGGAAACGAGGAAGAGGGUGAUGCAGCUGAAUAUGAAUGUGGGGGUGAUAAAUCACAACCGCCCCCUCAAUUCUCUUCGCAUCAAGAUUUCACAAUUUUUGAACCACCGUCGUAUUAUAGUUCUGAUGGAUUAUAGAGAUCCAAACAUACAUAAUUAGGAGAGAUUUGAGCAAGAGAGGUGAGGAA